AUGAAGGACGAUGCCUUUCCCAUUCCUCUGCUAUGGCAUAGUCUUCAAAAGUCUGCGGGGUACACACAUUAUAUAACACUCGACUGUAAUUGGGGCUUCUGGAACGUCCCAAUACACGAGGAGUCAAAACACCUAACGGCGUUCACAACACCCUGGGGCCUGUAUGAGUUCAACGUAAUACCAUUCGGUAUAAAGAACAGUCCAGGUGAAUACCAGAGGGCCAUGAACCUUGCGUUCGAGCCUUUGUUAGGCAAUGGCGUAGAAUGCUAUAUCGACGAUAUAGUGAUUUAUGCGAGUUCCAGAGACGGUGCACUUCGACUACUUGGAAAGGUGAUGCAGAUAUGUCGUACUAACGGCUUCUACCUAAAGCUGAAGAAAUGCGACUGGCUGCGGGAUAGAGUGAACCUACUCGGACACUCAGUAGGGACGACCGGUAUUUUACCGCAGAGGGGGAAGCUCCAAGCUCUCCAGAAAAUGCGCGCUCCGCAAGACUUCAAAGAGUUAAGGUCACUACUUGGCUUACUUUCGUUUCACAGACGGUUCGUACCCGCGUUCUCCGACGAGGUACAACCCCUACAAGAACUGAUGAAUGCACACAAGACCCUACCUUUCAUAUGGGAGGACCACCAUGAGGCGGCAUUCCAGGAACUAAAGAACCUCGUA